GAUAACGACGCGUCAUCGCGAAGGUGGCACGAUGCAGCGGCUUCGAUUCGUCGACUUCAAGCGCGCACGGAAGGACAUUCCAGCUUCCGUUCUGCGUAUUGAGUACUCUCCAGAGCGCACGUCGCACGUGGCCCUCAUCCAGUACGAGGAUGGCGUCUUGAGCUACAUCCUGGCCCCGCUUACCCUGCGCCCAGGAGACCAG